CCUACAAGUUGAUUUGCCAACCGCCAAUAAACACAGAAGAAGAAGAAGAAGAAGAAGCACACGCACACGCACACUGCAGUGUGCCCUGGCUAUCAGUAUUAGUCUGUAAGGUUACUUUAAACUGAUUGAAAGAUGGCAUCAGCUCUGGCCAACAGAGCGAUAGGAGCCAUCGUAGGAUCAGCCGUUGCAGAUGCAGCAGCGCAGCCCCUCCACUGGGUGUACGACCUGCAGAAGCUGCAGGGCAUCCUGGAUCAGGAGCCAAACCCUGAGUUCCGCUCUGAGUCGGCCAACCCGUUCUACAGGAGGCAGACGGGCCAGCAGAGCUGCUACGGGGACCAGGCCUUUGUCCUGCUGGAGUCCUUGUCUGAAUGUGGAGGUCUAAAUGUUGAAGAUCUGAAGCAGCGUACUCUAAAAUUCUUUGGGCCAGGAUCAGAGUACGACACGCCUGUCAACGACCCUUACAGAGACAGAGCAGGCCCGAGACCGCAGCUGCCCAUCGAGGGACCAUGGAGACAAGGGAGUUUGAAGGGCUUCCUGAAAAAUGUGGAUGCAGGCAAAGAAGAAACGGGAUGUGAGAACGACUGUCAGAUUGAUGGAAUAGCCAAACUGGCUCCUGUAGUGGCUUUUUAUGCUGGAAAGCCUGAGAUGCUGGAGAAGGUGGAGCAGGCAGUCCGUGUCACCCAGAACAAUGAUGAUUGUGUGGCAGAGACUCUGGCAGCUGCGAGGAUCCUGGAGCAUUUCAUCCUGAAUGGUCCCGAUCCCAAAGCCUUGGACUCAGUGCUGGCUCAGCUCAGCGACCCGAAGAGAAAGCAGCCUCAGGAUCUGGACAAAGCAGUCGUUGGUCACCUCCAUCAGGUGAAGGAGAAUCUAUCCAAGACUCCUAAGGAACUGAUCCCCAGUGUGUUCCCAAACACAUGAGGUUUGCCAGGUGCGUUCCAAGCAGCGCUGCAUGGAGUCCUGACAGCCGAGCACUACGAGCAGGCCGUCAGAGACACCAUGAGCUGCGGGGGAUGCACCAGUAGCAGAGGCUCGUUCAUCGGAGCCUGUCUUGGGGCUCAGAUUGGAUUCGAGGGAAUUCCAUCUUCCUGGACAUCUAGAACUCUGCGUUUUGAGUCCGUGUUGGAGCACGCCAAGAAGAUAACCAAACAACACCAAUAGUUACUCUUUUUCUGGCUGUGUAAUGUGAUGUGCAGGUGGCUAAGAACAACAUGAAGAACUGUUGAGCUUUCACAGAGCAGUGAAUGAAGGUUCUUGUUUAAACUUUUGGACGGCAGGAGCCGGAUGUUUUGUCUCUGGUAAAGUUCAACAUGUUGGUUCAGAUGUUCAGAAGCUGAGAAAUUAUGUUAUGAAACAUUUCAAGAAGUGCAUCCAGUGUCAACAAGUGAUGGUUAAGCCCAUAUAUAUGGAGAUAAUAAACUAAUAAUAAAACACUAA